AUGCACAAAUCACUUAGAACAAAAUGUAAUACUCUCAUAAUUCACUCUCAAAAUUCCCAAUUCUUCAAACCCCAUCAUGUCUUCCACAAUCCCAAACUUACUCAUUCUCAUUCCAAUGCCCACGUGGCAUUCGAAACGGUUACAACAAACUCAACUAAUUCUCUCAUUUCAACUUAUUCCCGCCAAGGCUUAUUCCAGAAAGUUCUUCAAACUUACACCUCAUUAAUAAACUCAUCUCAACAACCAAAUCAUACAAUUUUAUCAACCACAUUGUUAUCAUGUACAAAACUCGAAAACCUCGAGUUUGGGAAGUUACUUCAUAGUUCUAUAAUUAAAAAUGGUUUCGAAUUGGAUUCGUUAAUUCAACGUAACCUUAUUCAUUUUUACGCCAAAUGUAAAUGUUUGAGUUCCGCUCGAACAUUGUUUGAUUCUGCGUUGGCUGUAGAUUCGUUAUUAUUACAAUUUGACACGGCUUCGUUGACUGCUUUUAUUAGUGGUUAUGUUCGUGUUGGUUUGUAUGAAGACGCACUCCAUGUGUUUGAUAAAAUGCGGAGUGGUUUUGUUUUAGAUGAAUUGGCGUUUGUUACUGUUUUGAAUGCUUGUGUUGCGUUAGGGAAGUUGGAUUAUGCGUGUAAAUUGUUUGAUGAGAUGGAGAUGGAUAGUUGUAGUAAUGUUGUUGUGUGGAAUGUUAUGAUUUCUGGUCAUGGUAAGAGAGGUUUUUAUAAAGAGGCUGUGGAGUUUUAUCGUGAAAUGAGGAAGAAUGAUGUGGAGUCGUCGAGGUCUACGCUUGCGAGUGUUUUGAGUGCAAUUGCUGGUUUGGGUGAUUUGGGUUAUGGUUUGUUAGUUCAUGGAGAGGCUGUUAAACUAGGUUUUGAGUCAAGUGUUUAUGUGGCGAGUUCUUUGAUUAAUAUGUAUGGCAAAUGUGAAAUGUUAUGUGAUGCAAAGAAAGUGUUUGAUGUUGUGUGUGAACGAAAUGUUGUUAUGUGGAAUACCAUUCUCGGAGUUUAUGCGCAGAAUGGUUGUUUAAUUGGUGUGAUGAAGUUGUUUUCUGAAAUGAUGGAGUGUGGAAAUGAGCCGGAUGAGUUUACGUACUCUAGCAUUUUGAGUUCAUGCGCCUGCUUUGAAUUUUUGGAUAUCGGUCGCCAGUUGCAUUCAACUAUUAUCAAGAAAAGGUUUACGGAUAAUUUAUGCGUGAACAAUGCAUUGGUUGAUAUGUAUGCUAAGGCUGGAGCUUUGAAGGAAGCCAGGAAACAAUUUGAGCGCAUGAAAUAUCGAGACAAUAUUUCGUGGAAUGCCAUUCUUGUUGGAUACGUGCAAGAAGAAGAGGAAACUGAUGCUUUUGACAUGUUUCGGAGAAUGACUCAAAAUGGCAUAGUACCGGACGAGGUAUCUAUGGCAAGCAUUCUUAGUGCUUGUGGAAAUAUUAAGGCACUAGAAGCAGGAACGCAAUUCCAUAGCCUUUCAGUUAAGUUGGGUUUAAUGACAAACCUUUUUGCCGGAAGCUCUCUUAUUGACAUGUAUUCCAAGUGCGGGGUAAUUGAAGAUGCACGUAAAGUUUAUUCUAGCAUGCCCGAGUGGAGUGUAGUUUCCAUGAAUGCUCUGAUUGCAGGAUAUGCUCUAAAAGAUACAAAAGAAGCGAUUAAUCUUCUGCAUGAGAUGCAGAUAUUGGGAAUGAAACCAUCUGAAAUCACAUUUGCAAGCCUUAUAGAUUGUUGUAAGGAUCCUUGUAAGGUAAUUUUAGGGAUGCAGAUCCAUUGUGCUAUAUUAAAGAGUGGUCUUUUAUGUGGUAGUGAAUUCUUAGGUACCUCUUUGUUGGGCAUGUAUAUGGACUCACAGAGGAUGACAGAAGCAAAUGUUCUUUUCUCGGAGUUAUCUAACCUUAAAAGCCUUGUCCUAUGGACGGCUUUAAUUUCUGGACAUACUCAAAAUGAUUGCACUGAUGAGGCCUUAAAGUUGUACCGAGAAAUGCGUAACAACAAUAUCUUACCAGACCAAGCAACAUUUGUUACCGUUCUGCGAGCCUGUGCGCUCUUAUCCUCACUGCAAGAUGGUAAAGAGAUUCAUUCUCUGAUUUUCCACACUGGUUUUGACUUAGAUGAAUUGACCAGCAGUGCCCUUGUAGAUAUGUAUGCUAAAUGUGGAGAUGUAGAAAAUGCUGCUAAAGUUUUUGAGGAAUUGGCAAUAAAAAAGGACACAAUUUCUUGGAAUUCAAUGAUAGUUGGGUUUGCGAAAAAUGGUUAUGCAGAAAGGGCACUGAAGGUCUUUGAUGAGAUGAAUCAAUCAUCUGUUACGCCGGAUGAUGUCACAUUCCUUGGAGUGCUCACUGCCUGUAGCCAUGCAGGAUUGGUUUCUGAGGGUCGACGAAUUUUCGACAACAUGGUAAACUAUUAUGGCAUUCAGCCGAGAGUAGAUCACUAUGCUUGCAUGGUUGAUCUUCUUGGUCGAUGGGGUUUUCUCAAAGAAGCUGAAGAGUUCAUCGAUGGACUAGAUGUUGAACCCAAUGCUAUGAUUUGGGCCAAUUUAUUAGGUGCUUGCAGAAUACACGGGGAUGAAAAAAGGGGACAGAGAGCAGCCGAAAAACUUAUUGAGUUAGAACCGCAAAAUUCUUCUCCAUAUGUACUUCUUUCUAAUAUGUAUUCUGCAUUAGGACAUUGGGAUGAAGCUAGAUCUUUGAGGAGAACAAUGGUACAGAAAGAGAUCCAAAAGAUGCCUGGGUGUAGUUGGAUUGUAGUGGGGCAAAAGACAAACUCAUUUGUCGCAGGUGAUAUAUCGCAUCCUAGUUCUGAUGAAAUUUCGCAUGCUUUGAAGCAUCUGACAUCACUAAUGAGAGACAAUAGUUUGCAGGAAGAUGGAAUUUCCCAGGCCAGUUAA